GCUAUCGACGCCUUUCAGGGCCCCUGCGGUUUCCUCGGUACCACGUGCAUCCCAAACGCGCCAAUCACUAAGGCCUUCACUAUUGGCCAGGGUCCCCGGCUUAUCGCGGCGCUUGCUUCGCGAGGGGUAUUUAAUUUUAUUAUCGCCGGGAGCGAUGACUCUACAACUUUACACUUACCCAGGGAAUUUCCGUGCCUUCAAGGCGCUUGUCGCGGCGGAGUACGUGGGCGUCGACAUCGAUGUUCCAGAUUUCGACAUGGAAAAGACAGCGAAGACGCCAUCUUUCCUCGCGAUGUCGCCUAUGGGUAAGGUGCCAGUACUCAAGACACCUCAGGGUGCCAUAUUCGAGUCUAACGCGAUCGCUCGGUAUGUAGCGCGACUACGCAAGGACUCUGAGAUCUACGGACGGACGUUCUACGAAUCGGCGCUCAUCGAUUCAUGGGUAGAUUUCUGUGCGCACGAGCUCGAACUCCCGUGUACGAUGUGGGUAUACCCGAUCAUCGGCUACAUGCCAUUCAAUGCGGCAGCUUCCGCCAAGGCCAAGGAGCAUGUCACUGACGCGUUGGAUUCUCUGGAAAGGCACCUCGUCGAUAAAACAUACAUAGUCGGCGACGCAAUUACGUUGGCAGACAUUACGCUAGUUUCGGCGCUCGUCUAUCCUGCGAAGCUCGCCAUGGAUAAACUUUUCCGCGCGAGAUUCCCCAACGUGUUCCGUUGGUUUGAUCUUUGUGUGCAUCAACCUCAAUUUGUUGCGGUCAUUGGUGACGUCGCACUUGCGGAUAAGAAAGGCAAGAAGGAUAAGUCGAAUAAGGGAAGCGAUGCAAACAUAUCCGUGGAGAAUGCAUCGAGGGACAAAAAGGAGAAGCUCCCCAAAAAAGAAAAGGCGAAAGUUGAACAGCUGACAGAACCUAAGCCUGAAAAGAAAAAAGACCACCCCCUGAAAAUUCUAGACAAAGAAGAGCCGUCCGAGUUUGUGGGCGAUGUUUGGAAGAAAGUUUAUUCCAAUAAUCCGCCUGAUGUCUGGAAGAAGCAGUUCUGGGAGAUGUAUGACCCCAAAGGCUGGUCCCUUUGGGUGUGCAGAUUUAAGUAUAACCACGAGAAUGAAAAGCAGUUCAUGUGCGCUAAUGCGAUCGGCGGUUUCGUCCAGCGCUCUGAUGCUGUUCGGAAGUGGGCAUUCGGCGCCAUGUUUGUCACUGGGUCUGAACAGGACCUCCCGAUUGAGAUCUCUGGAGUCUGGCUGAUGCGUGGACAGUCAGUCGAGCAUCUCAAGGAUGCUAAUGAUGACGCUCUUUGCUACACAUGGACUAAAAUUGAUCACACUAGUCAGGAGAUGAUGGACUUUGUUGCUGAAUACUGGGCUGCAGAUGUUGAUGGGUACCUUGAGGGCAAGCUUGUCACGGAUGGUAAAGUUUUCAAGUGAGAGCGGUUGCACACCACACGGUUUGCACAUCAUCGCACACCAUGGUGAAAUAAUCACAAUUGUGAUGAAGCUUUCUCAAAGGAUGGACUCUGGAUUUGUCAUGUCUUUCCUUGUAUCAGCCGACACCGGACAAAGCAGAACACGCUGGGUGAAGCAUGAGCCGAGGUAUGGGCCCUUGAAGAGGUAGGGGAGCGGCAUGGCCUACGAAGCUUGCGGCGCGCAGGCUACGCAGUCCCGGCGAACGCGGGAAAUACGACGCGUUCUAGUUUGGACCCCACCCGGGCCCCCGGCGCCUGAGUAAAGCCCCCAGCCGAUGGC